GUCAUGCAAGAGCAGAUGGAGAAGAAGCAUUCCACCCAAAAAAGCUUCGGCCUUAGAAGUAUGCCUACCAUUGAUCCGCAGCACAUCAUGAACACAAAGCCACAUCUUCAGAACAAGUUGGGUAAAGCCAGCAGCACCAACCAGUACAGGAAGGUGGAGGCAAAACCAACCCCAGUGGAAAAGCAAGCUGAUUCACAGCAAUCACCCAUAAAUCCAGAUUCUUCUUUGAUGUCCCCUGCACUGUGCACGGAGAGCAAGAUCAUCGCCAUCAAGAAAGAGAAGGACACCAGUGAGGCAGAGGCAAGUCCUCUAGGUGAUGCUGAGAGUGGAUCGGCAAAAGCAAAGUUGUAUGAGAUAUGUGCUCGGAACAAGUGGAAGCUCCCUUGCUUUGAGUGCUACAAAGAGGAAGGACCAAGCCACUUGAGACAAUUCUCAUUCAAAGUAAUCACAGAGGUUAAAGAUGAAUCCCGAGUCACAAUAUUAGAGUGCUUUAGUGCACCUAGGUCAAAGAAAAAAGAUGCAGCAGAGCAUGCAGCUGAAGGGGCACUCUGGUACCUGAAGCAUCUGGGGUAUUGUCCGAAGAAAAGGUGAAAAGAAAACAGAGAAAUUGCGAUGGUUUAUUCUUUUUGGUUAGUCGUAUUCUUUUUUUGCUUGCCACUGGAAAUUGUAACUGUGAUGGGGGAUUGCUGUAAUGAUAGGUCUGAGCUCGUAGGAUGGGAAGGUUAAACUGCUUUGUUGUGUAAAUUAUUAAUUCACAAGACUAAUGGAAGUUGUUUAGUUCCUUGGUCCUGCUGG